AUGUCGUCGUCGCCGCCUGCCUGCCCCGUCGACCACAGCGCGCCAGCUACCGGCGGCUGCCCCGUCGACCACAGCGCGCCAGCCACCGGUGGCUGCCCGGUCGACCACAGCAAGAUGGGCGGUCCAAGCAUGGCCGGCCUCAACACGCUCAACUUCAUGGAGCCGGCCGAUCAAUCGGUCGCCAAGGGCCAGAGCGUCCCGCUGAGCACGCAGCGCGUGGCGUCGACGAUUCCAAUGGGCUCGUACGUCCCGGCGCACCAGAAGGAAGGCCAGGAGACGUGGCAGUACCCCUCCGAGCAGCAGUACUUCAACGCGAUGAAGCGCAAGGGCUGGGAUCCGCAGGAGCGCGACAUGAAGGUCAUUGUGAGCAUCCACAACACCAUCAACGAGAAGGGCUGGGCCGAGGUCGUCGAGAUGGAGAAGACGCUGCACGGCGACGCGUACACGCGCGGUGACCCGAAGCUUGUGCGCUUCAUGGGCCGCCCCAAGGACUUUACGCCCAAGGCGCGCCUCCUCAACCUCUUUGGCAUGGCCAACCUCCCAUUCGACCGCCACGACUGGAUCAUCGACCGCAACGGCGAGGAAGUCCGGUACGUCAUCGACUUUUACACCGGCCACCCGACGCCCGGGAAGCCGAUCUCGGUGUACAUGGACGUCCGGCCGGCGCUCGACAACAUUGGCAACGCCGUCGACCGUCUCCGCAUGCAAUUCCACAAGAACGUGCUUCCGCUGCUGCCGUUCCGCGUGCGGAUCCCAGUAACAAGUAACUUCAUUGUGUUUGCUUUGCUUUGA